AUGGCCACUGUAGCCAACGCAGGCUCUGCCUCGGGGUCCGAAGCCGACGCGCCGGGGAUCCGCGACCGAUCCUGCAAUGUCUGUCACCAGCGCAAGAUACGAUGCAACAGAAAACAACCAUGCGCUGCAUGCAGUCGUCGCGGAGCUCCCUGUGUUUACCCGUCUUCGGUGAAGCCACCCCGGCGGGCUAAGGCGACGACCGCGGCCGACAUUGUGCGCCGCAUCUCCGGGCUCGAAACCACCCUCGUCACGGCGGCCGGGGGUCGCAUCCAGCCCAACAGCCCGGUCACACCCCAGGGUGGCCUCGGGGAGGACGUCUUAGUUCGACAUGAUUCAUCAAGCCGCUAUUUUGAUGAAGCGAUCCUUUCCAAGAUCAUCAAACUGGUACACGCCCCGCACGUCUUCGCUGAAGCACAGGCAUCAGGCUUGGUUCUGACACCGCCGCAGGAACACGAUGUCCGCUCGUAUUUGUCAAUCUCCGAAGCAGAGACCGCUACUGUCGCGGCUCCAUCACCAUUCGUGCCCAUAGGGAUCAUCUCUGAGCCUUUCCCCUUCCACUUGAUGUCGUCAUUGCAUCCCGAAAAGUCAGCAGCUAUCCUGCUAUGGACGAAUUACGUCAACAACAUCGAGCCUUAUGUGAAGAUUCUCCACGUUCCGACCGAUGAGGCGACUGUAUACAGUACGAUAGCGGAGCCCCAUCGCGCAAAACCUGAAAAUCUGGCGCUAUGUUUCGCCAUUUACUUCGUCUCGGUAGCUGUCCCCGAUGGUGCUGACCUCCGCGGUCGAGAGGAAAGAACACUCAAUCUUCAUCGAUUCAAAAAGGGAUUGGAGCAAGCCCUGGCGCAUGCCAACUUCCUCGAGCGUCCCACGAUCACCUUGCUCAAAGCGCUUGGGAUAUAUCUUGUGGGCCUGCGACUUUACAAUCAUGGAAGAUGCGUCUGGACCCUGUAUGGCUUCGCGAUACGAGCUGCCCAGUCUAUUGGUCUCCACCGCGAUGGCCAGAAUCUAGGUCUGUCGCCUUUUGAAACUGAGAUACGACGAAGGCUCUGGUGGUACUUCAUCGUUCGGGACGGCAAAACAGCCGAGGACUACGGCCUGCAGAGCACAUCUAGCCUUAACCUCGUCGCCGAGGCCGAGCCGCCUCGCAAUCUCGACGACGGCGAUAUCUACAGGGAUAUGGAAGAACUGCCACCCGCACGGGAGGCGUGGACUCCAAUGAUUAUCCAGCUGAUUGGCAUUGAAUUCUCCCGCACAUGGCAUCGGCUGAUGCAGAUCGCACCUUCGACGUCAUUGGAAGUGCCGAAAGAGGAGCUGAGGCUACAGAUCAUCAACGACAUGAGGUGCCGCGUGGGACAACUGCUUCGGGCAUGCAGCCCCGUUGUCCCGGCACAGCGUCUCACAAUGCACACUUCGGGCUUCGUCAUCCGGAAAAUCGACUUCAUUUCGCGUCAGCAAUGGGUUGCCCUUCAGCAUCCAAACCCGUGGCUGAGCGGGUCUUUUACCACCAACCAGGACCUUCUUGAAGCCGUCGAGAUCCUCGAGAUGGGCAUGUGGUUUGGCAAGGACGAGCUUCUACGACCGUUCCGCUGGUUGACGCUCGCCUACCCCCAGUACCACCUCACGCUCUAUGUUCUCAGCCAUCUAUGCGCACGGCCUGACGGACCACACGUCGACAGGGCGUGGAUCGUGGUUGAGGAGAUGAUGCGGCAGGUGAGACAUCGUCAGACAGAGGACGGUCUCCUACCCACGUCGAAUUGGAACGUCCUACUUGUGCUCUACUCGAAGGCGCUGAGUCGGAAGGAGAACAAGGCCGGGAACGUCGCGAGUAAUGGUAGGACUCCCCAGCAGCUGUCUUUCUCGAGACUCGAAGAAUCCGCGGGUGGCCAGGAUAAUGAGGGGAUCUUGCUUGGUUUCAACAAUCAUGAGACAGAUUGGAAUGAAUGGGCACAGUUUGUAGACUGGGAUACCAUGAUACAGGAGUUUCAAAAUGACGGUCUAGGGAUGGCAAACUUUCUUUGA